GCUGGAUUGGCUGUGCCAUCCACAUGCGUCAUUGGAGGUUGAUGCACCAGGCUUGCUCUUGCCCAGCACUGCUCUAGAGGGAAGACUGGAGAGGCUUUGCUCCUAAGGAUAUUUACCAGAUGUUGCUGUGAGCCGGGGAGAGACAGAAGAAUAAACUCAAAAUGGAGGAAGAAGAAUAUGAGGAAGUUGUGGAGUACUACAUUGAGGAGACAAUUGUUGAGGAGGGUGAACCAUAUGAGGUGGUCACUGAGAUCACUGAGAGCACAGAAUUCACAGGUCCUACAACCGUCACCCGUACGGUUGAGUAUGAGAAAACUUCUGGUGAGGAUGCAGCAACUCCAGUCAGAAAGAAGACGAUACGGACAAAAGUGGACACUUCAAAGUUCCUGACACCUUAUCUGCAGCACAGUAAUAAAAUGAAGGACCUGUUCAGUGAGAACAAGUACAAAGAAAAAUUUAAUAAAGAGAGAGGAAAGCCAUAUGCUUCCACAGUUGAUACCCCAGAAAUUCGGAGAAUCAAGAAAGUGCAGGAGCAGCUCAGUGAGGUGAAAUACCGCAUGGCUGGUGAAGCUGCUCGAACUAUUUGCCAUGUUGAUGAAAAGGCCUGGGAUAUAGAACAUGCGAAGAAGGUAUCUCAGCAAGUGAGCAAGGUGUUAUAUAAACAGAACUGGGAGGAGAAUAAAGACAAGUACUUACUUCCCCCUGAUGCUCCAGAGCUUGUAAAUGCAAUAAAAAAUACAGCAAUGUUCAGUAAGAAACUCUAUACAGAAGACUGGGAAGGAGACAAAACAUUGUUCUAUCCAUACAAUGACAGUCCAGAACUCAGAAGGGUGGCACAGGCUCAAAAAGCUCUGAGUGAUAUUGUCUACAAAAAAGGGCAUGAUGAACGAAAAUCUAAAUAUACUUCUCUGCCAGAUCCACCUGAUGUGGAACAGGCCAAGAAAGUGACACGGCAGCUGAGUGAUAUUAUUUAUCAUGAAGACUAUAAAAACAAGAUCAAAGGCAAGUGGAGUCAAACUCCGUGCUAUGAUGUUGCAAUUGCAAAAAUGAAUGCAGAAAAUUUAAGUAUGAAAAAAUACCAGGAAGACUUUGAAAACGAGAAAGACCAAAUCUACUUUAUGCAGACUGAAACUCCAGAAUAUGAAGCUAAUAAGCGAGUUUCGGAUAAUGUCAGUAAGGUAAAAUACAGAGCAGACUAUGAGAAGAACAAAGCCAUUGCUGAUUAUAAUGUACUUCCUGCUACGGAGAACCCAUUGCUGAGGCAGUUAAAAACUGCAGGAAAUGUACUGAGUGAUAAAUUAUACAAAGAAGCCUAUGAGCAAUCAAAAGGAACAAGCGUGAACUACUGUGAAACACCAAAGUUCCAGACAGAUAACGUUCUGAAGAAUUUUAGUGAUGUAAAAUACAAAGAUGCUUAUCAAAAGAAUAUUUUGGGACACUAUUUGGGCAGUUUUGAGGACCCACAUCAGUUACACUGUAUGAAAGUUGAGGCUAUGAAGAGUGAUAAAAAUUACAAAGCGGAUUAUGAGGAGGAAAAGACAAAAUGCUACUUCCCUCAGACCAUAACUCAAGAAUACGAAGCUAUUAAGAAGUUAGAGCAGUGUAAAGAUUACACCUACAAAAAGCAUCCUGAUCAGAUCAAAUUUACUCAAGUGACUGACUCUCCAGUACAGAAGCAAGCAGAGAUCAACAGCAAGCAGCUGAGUGAGAGACUCUACAGAUCUUCCGGAGAAGAAGUUAAACAUAAAUACACUCUCCCCCCAGAUGUCCCACAGUUUAUCCAAGCCAGAUACAAUGCUGCAAAUGUCAGUGAUGCCUAUUAUAAACAGGACUACCAUGAUCUAAUAGCUAAAGGGAACAACGUGUCAGUUGAUGCUAUUCCAAUUACUCGAGCAAAAGCUUCAAGAAACAUUGCUAGUGAUUAUAAAUACAAAGAAGCAUAUGAAAAGGCUAAAGGAAAACAUGUUGGUUUCAGAAGCCUGCAAGAUGACCCCAAGCUUGUUCACUACAUGCAUGUUGCAAAGAUUCAGUCCGAUCGUGAAUACAAGAAGGACUAUGAGAAGUCUAAGACUAACUAUCAUACACCUCCUGAUAUGUUCAGUAUCCAGGCUGCAAAGAAGUCUCAGGAUGUUGCUUCUGCUGCCCACUACAAAAAUCUGAUCCAUCACUACACUUAUCUGCCAGAUGCUAUGGAUGUUGAGCUUGCAAAGAACAUGAUGCAGAUUCAGAGCGAUAACGUAUACAAACAAGACUAUAACAGUUGGUUCAAGGGUAUUGGAUGGAGUCCUCUCGGCUCUCUGGAUGUAGAAAAAGCUAAAAAGGCUGGAGAUGCAUUAAAUGACAAGAAGUACCGACAGCACCCAGACACCAUCAGGUUCACGAGCCUUCCCGACUCCAUGCCCAUGGUUCUGGCAAAGCACAAUACCAAGCAACUGAGUGAUGUAGCAUAUAGGCAAGAGGGUGAAAAAGUAAAGCAUAAAUACAAGCUUGAUCCUGAUGUUCCUCAGUUUAUUCAAGCAAGGGUCAAUGCCUACAAUCUGAGUGAUGCUAACUACAAAGCAGACUGGAAAAAAACCAUAGCCAAAGGCUAUGAUCUGAAACCAGAUGCCAUUCCUAUUAUUGCUGCUAAAGCAUCUCGAAAUAUUGCAAGUGAUUACAAGUACAAGGAAUCGUAUGAGAAAGGUAAAGGCAAGCACGUUGGAUACCGUAGCCUGCAGGAUGAUCCUAAACUUGUUCAUUACAUGAACGUGGCCAAAAUCCAGUCAGAUCGUGAAUACAAGAAGGAUUACGAAGUGACCAAGACCAAAUAUCAUACUCCCUUGGAUAUGUUCAGUGUGACGGCUGCCAAGAAAGCUCAGGAAGCUGUUACAAAUACAGGCUAUAAACAGCUCAUUCACCAUUAUACUCUCUUACCUGAUUCUGUGAAUCUGGAGCUAUCCAGAAACGUGAUGCAGCUUCAGAGCGAUAACGUGUAUAAAGCAGACUUUAAUAACUGGCUGAGAGGAGUCGGCUGGUUACCAAUUCAAUCCUUGGAUGUAGAAAAGGCCAAAAAAGCUUCAGAGAUUCUCAGUGAAAAGAAGUAUCGCCAGCACCCUGACAAGCUGAAGUACUCUAUUCCACUGGAUGCAAUGGAGCAAGUGCUGGCUAAACAAAAUGCCAAGACUAUGAAUAAGAGGCUCUACACUGAUAAAUGGAACAAAGAGAAGACCAGCAUUCAUGUUAUGCCGGAUACUCCAGAAAUUCUGCAGUCUAGAGUGAACCAGAUCACAAUGAGUAAUAAACUAUACAAAGCUGGAUGGGAGGAAGACAAGAAGAAAGGUUAUGACAUGCGGCCAGAUGCUAUUCCAAUAAAAGCGGCCAAGACUUCCCGAGACAUUGCAAGUGAUUAUAAAUACAAACUAGCCUAUGAAAAAGCAAAAGGAAAACAUAUUGGGUUCCGCAGCCUUGAAGAUGACCCCAAGCUGGUGCACUUCAUGCAGGUGGCUAAGAUGCAAUCUGAUCGUGAAUACAAAAAAGAUUAUGAGAAGGCAAAGACUAACUUCCAUACUCCAGUUGACAUGCUCAGUGUUGUGGCAGCCAAGAAAGCACAGGAAGUGGCUACAAAUGCAAACUACAAACACUUGAUCCAUAUCUACAAUGUUUUACCUGAUGCUAUGAGUCUUGAAUUAGCCAAAAACAUGAUGCAGCUACAAAGUAAUAAUCAAUACAGAGCAGAAUAUGAUGAAAGUAUGAAGGGUGUUGGAUGGAUGCCACUGGGCUCUCUGGAGGCUGAAAAGAACAAGAAAGCAAUGGAAAUUCUUAGUGAAAAGAAAUACCGUCAGCACCCAGACAAGUUGAAGUAUUCCGUUCCUGUGGAUUCCAUGAAUAUGGCCUUAGCUUUACAUAAUGCUAAAAUCAUGGAUGAGCACAAAUACAAACAAGCAUGGGAGGAGGACAAGAAGAAGGUUCACAUGACACCAGAUACUCCACAGUUUGCUUUAGCGAAAGCUAAUGCAUUUAAUAUAAGUGAUAAAAUGUAUAGACAUUCUUUUGAAGAAGCCAGAAAGAAAGGGUACGAUCUAAGAGCUGAUGCCAUCCCCAUCAAACACGCCAAGGCUUCCAGAGACAUUGCUAGUGAUUAUAAAUACAAAUUAGGUUAUGAACAAGACAAGGGAAAGCUUGUAGGCUUCCGCAGCCUUCAGGAUGAUCCUAAACUCGUCCAUUAUAUGCAAGUGGCUAAGAUGCAGUCUGAUCGUGAGUACAAGAAGGCCUAUGAGACAAGCAAGACUCAUUACCAAACACCUUCUGAUGCACUUAGUAUCAUGGCAGCUAAGGAGGCACAAGAUCGUGUAACCAAUGCAAACUACAAACGACUGAUACACCACUAUAUGCUUCUACCAGAUGCAAUGAGUUUUGAACUGUACAGGAACAUGAAUCAGAUACAAAGUAAUAAUGAAUACAAACAGGAUUACAAUGAAUGGUUCAAGGGUAUUGGUUGGAGUCCUGCUGGUUCUCUGGAUGUGGAGAAAUCUAAGAAAGCUACAGAAAUCGCAAGUGACCGGAAAUACCGGCAGCAUCCCAGCAAAUUCCCUUUUACAAAACAGACUGAUGACAUGGAUAUGGUUCUUGCAAAGCACAAUGCAGAUAUAAUGAAUAAACAUGCUUAUACUCAAGCUUGGGAGAAGGAUAAAACUCAAGUUCAUGUGAUGCCAGAUACACCAGAUAUUCUGCAAGCUAAGCAGAACAAAGUAAACUACAGUCAGAAACAAUACAAGCUCGACUGGGAGGAAAUGAUUAAGAAGGGCUAUGACCUCACACCUGAAGCCAUUUCAGUGAAAGCUGCCAAAGCUUCAAGGGACAUUGCAAGUGACUACAAAUACAAAGAGGGUUAUCGCAAGCAACAGGGACACCACAUUGGAUUCCGGAGCUUACAAGAUGAUCCGAAGAUGAUGUGGUCGAUGCAAGUAGCUAAGAUGCAGAGUGACAGGGAAUACAAGAAAGAUUUUGAAAAGUGGAAGACAAAGUUCAACAUGCCUGUGGAUAUGUUAGGCUUCCUUCUGGCUAAGAAAUGUCAGGAAUUGGUUAGUGAUAUAGACUACAAGCGGAUGCUACACCGCUGGACUUGUCUACCAGACCAGAACGAUGUUAUCCAUGCUAGGAAAGCCUAUGAUCUGCAGAGUGAUAACCUGUAUAAGUCCGAUCUACAGUGGCUCAGAGGCAUUGGAUGGAGUCCUUUGGGAUCUCUGGAGUCUGAAAAGAACAAGAAAGCUUCUGAAAUACUAAGUGAAAAGAAGUAUCGGCAGCAUCCAGAUACUAUUAAGUUCACAAGUAUCCCAGAUGCCAUGAAUAUCACUUUAGCAAAGUCUAAUGCAAAAAAUCGAAGUGAUAUAUUAUAUAGAGAGGCUUGGAACAAGGACAAAACUCAGGUUCACAUCAUGCCUGACACUCCUGAAAUUUUGUUGGCUAAAUCAAACUUAAUCAACACAAGUGAUAAACACUACAAGCUGGGUUAUGAGGAGCUGAGGAGGAAAGGCUAUGAUCUUCCUCCUGAUGCCAUACCCCUCAAGUCAGCGAAGGCGUCCAGAGACAUCGCCAGUGAAUACAAGUAUAAAGAAGGGUAUCGCAAGCAGCUUGGCCACCACAUUGGAGCCCGUAACAUAGAGGAUGAUCCCAAGAUGGUGUGGUCGAUGCAUGUAGCCAAGAUCCAGAGUGACAGGGAGUACAAGAAAGCCUUUGAGAAGUCAAAGACGCACUUCAGCAGCCCCGUGGACAUGCUGGGAAUUGUGUUGGCCAAGAAAUGUCAGGAACUGGUCAGUGAUGUGGAUUACCGCCACUAUCUGCAUCAGUGGAUCUGCCUGCCAGACCAGAACGAUGUUAUCCAUGCUAGGAAAGCCUAUGACCUGCAGAGUGAUAAUGUCUACAAGUCAGACCUUGAAUGGCUGCGUGGCGUUGGUUGGGUCCCCAUUGGUUCUUUGGAUAUUGAAAAAGUCAAGAGGGCAGGACAGAUCUUGAGUGAUAAAGUAUACCGUCAGCAUCCAGACACCAUCAAGUUUACUAGUAUUCCUGAUUCUCUUGAGAUGACCUUGGCUAAGCAUAAUGCAGAGACGAUGAAUAAGCGUUUGUAUACAGAAGCCUGGAAUGCAGACAAAACGUCAAUUCACGUCAUGCCUGACACUCCAACGAUUUUAUUAGCAAAGGCCAACGCAGCUAAUGUUAGCCAUAAACAUUAUGUACAAGCCUGGGAAGAUGCCAAAAAGAAGGGUUAUGACAUGAGAGCUGAUGCAAUUCCUAUUCGAAGUGCAAAGGCAUCAAGAGAUAUUGCGAGCGAUUACAAGUACAAGGAAGCACAUGAGAAGCAGAAAGGGCACUACAUUGGGUGCCGAACUGCCAAGGAGGAUCAAGCUGGUUGGCUGCCCGAGCCAUGUUUGCUGCAGAACGACCGCCUUUACAAGAAGGCGUACAACGACUCCAAGACCCAAUCCACAUUGCCAGGGAUGGAACCAAUCGUCAUGCAGGCAGCCAAGGAGUGCCAGACGCUUGUCAGUGAUGCUGACUACCGCCAUUACCUUCACCAGUGGACGUGUCUGCCUGACCAGAAUGAUGUGGUGCAUGCAAGGAAAGCCUACGACCUACAGAGUGAUGCUGUUUAUAAGUCAGACCUAGAAUGGCUCCGUGGAAUUGGCUGGUUGCCCAAUGACUCUCCAGGGAUUCAGAGAGUGAAACAUGCCCAGGAUCUGCUGAGUGACAAGGUGUAUCGCACACCUAUUGACAGCGUGAAGUACACCAGCGUCGUCGAUUCUCCAGCCAUUGUUCUAGCUAAAACGAAUGCUGAACAGCUCAGUAUUCCAAAAUACAAAGAAGCCUGGGAAAAGGACAAGACUAUGAUCCAUAUUAUGCCAGACACACCUGAAAUCACCCUAGCCAAGUCUAAUGCUCAUAAUUAUAGCAAGAAACUGUAUAAAGAAGCCUGGGAUGAAGUGAAGAUGAGUUACGAUUUGAGAGCAGAUGCAAUCCCAAUUAAGGCAGCCAAAGCUUCCAGAGAAAUUGCUAGUGAUUAUAAAUACAAACUGGAUCAUGAGAAGCAGAAGGGACAUUACGUUGGAGUUCCAAAUGCAAAAGCAGAUGCAAAAAUUCAGUUUGCCCUUGGCAUAGGCAAGGUCCAGAGUGAACUGGAAUACAAGAAACACUUUGCCAAAUGGAAGACACAGUGCCAUCUGCCAGUUGAUAUGAUGUCUAUCCAGUCAGCUAAACAUGGGCAGUCUUUGGUCAGUGAUAUUGAUUACCGCCAUUACUUGCAUCAGUGGAUCUGUCUUCCAGAUCAGAAUGAUGUCAUGCACGCCAGGAAAGCCUAUGAUCUUCAAAGUGAUGCUGUUUACAAAUCUGACUUAGAAUGGCUACGAGGAAUUGGAUGGUUGCCCAAUGAUUCACUUGGAAUAAAUCAUGUCAAAUAUGCCGGAGACCUAUUGAAUGAGAGAAAGUAUCGUACAAAAGCCGACACUCUUCGAUUUACUCCAGUGGCGGACAGAGUUGAUUAUGUCACAGCAAAGAAAAGUGGUGAAAUUCUCAGUGAUAUCAUUUACCACAAAGAAUGGAAUGAGGUUAAGUCAAAUUAUUCUCUAACCGAUACACCACAGCUAGAUAUGGCUCGAGAGGCAGCCAGAAUUCUUAAUCAGAAUUUAUACAAGGAAAGCUGGGAGAAGGAGAAAGCCACUGGUUAUCUCUUGCCUCCUGACACUGUGCAGAUCCGUCAUGCCAAACACUCAAAUGAUGUCCAAAGUGAGCUUAAGUACAAAGCUGACUAUGUCAAACAAAGAGGUCACUACGUUGGAGUCGCCAGUAUGAGAGAUGAUCCAAAACUGGUGUGGUUUGAACAUGCAGGCGAGAUCCAGAAUGACAGAUUGUAUAAAUCGGAUUACCACAAAACAAAGUCCAAAAUUCACAUCCCUGUGGAUAUUAUGUCAGUUGUAGCAGCCAAGGAGUGUCAGACAUUGGUCAGUGAUGUUGACUACCGCCAGUACCUGCAUCAAUGGACAUGCCACCCUGACCAGAAUGAUUGUAUUCAGGCAAGGAAGGCCUAUGAUCUGCAAAGCGAUAAUAUUUAUAAAUCUGACUUGGAAUGGCUCCGUGGGUGUGGCUGGGUUCCUCUGGAUUCAGUGGAACAUAAGAAAGUUAAACAUGCACAGGAGCUGAUAAAUAAGAGAGCUUAUACGAAAGCUGCCGUUGAAAACUUUUCUAAUUACACCAGUGUGGUUGACACUCCAGACAUUGUCUUGGCAAAGAUGAACUCUGUCAAUCAGAGUGAUCUAAAAUACAAAGAAACAUUUAACCUGGAGAAAGGCCAGUACAUUGGGUCGGAUGAUACUCCUGAACUGAAUCAUGCCAGAGACAUGUCCUUGCUCUAUAGUGAUAAACUUUAUAAAAACGACUGGGAAAUCAGCAAGCCCACUGGGUAUACUUUGGAUGGAAAAUACAUUCCACUUGUUGGAGCCAAGCAUGCAAACUAUGUGAAUAGUGAGCGUAAAUAUAAGGAGUUAUAUGAGAAGCUGAAAGGACAUUAUCUGGCUGGGAAGGACAUUGGAGAUUUCCCCAGUGUUGUUCAUUCAUUAGCAUUCCAGAAAAUCAGGAGCGCGUUGGCAUACAGAAAGAAUUAUGAAGACACUAAAACAAAAGUCCAUAUUCCAAGUGAUAUGAUGAAUCACGUGCUAGCUAAGAAGUGCCAGUAUAUUCUCAGUGAUCUUGAGUACCGAAGUUACCUCCAUCACUGGAAUUGCUCUCCUGAAGAACAUGAUGUUAUUCAAGCAAGAAGGGCCCAGGAAAUCUUGAGUGAUGUGGUGUAUAAAGAUGACUUAAAUUGGCUGAAGGGAAUUGGAUGCUAUGUCUGGGAUACUCCACAAAUCCUGCAUGCUAAAAAUGCAUAUGACCUCCAGAGCCAAAUAAAAUAUACAGCUUCUGGGAAAGAGAAUUUUCCGAACUUUGGUGUUGUUACUGUUACACCAACCUACGUGGCUGCGGUACAGAGCGGUAUUCAUGCCAGUGAUAUUAAAUACAAAGAAGAUUACCAUAAAACUAAGGACAAGUAUACAACUGUGACUGAAACAGUAGACUCUGAACGAGUUCAAAAUCUGAAACAUCUUUUUAGCAAUAAUCUCUACAAGGAAGCCUGGGACAAAGUGAAAGCUACUAGCUACAUAAUGCCCUCUGAUGCUGUAUCCUUAGCACGUGCAAAAGAACUGAAACAUAACGCUUCAUACGUAAAAUACCGGGAAGAAUAUGACAAGUUUAAAGCUUUAUACACACUACCUAGAAGUGUUGAGGAUGAUCCCAAUACAGCAAGGUGCCUUAGAGUUGGAAAGCUUAAUAUUGAUCGUCUGUACAAGGAAACCUAUGAAAAGACUAAAACCAAAGUCCACAUUCUUCCAGACAUGGUAGACAUAAUUGCUGCUAAAGAUGCGCAGAAGAAGAUCAGUGAAAUUGAUUACCGCACACGUCUUCAUGACUGGAUCUGCCUUCCAGAUCUUCAGAUCAAUAUGCAUGUUCGAAAAGUAGCCGAUCAGAUCAGCGAUGUGGUAUACAAGGAUGAUCUUAACUGGCUGAAAGGCAUUGGCUGCUUUGUUUGGGACACUCCUGAGAUUCUCCAUGCUAAACAUGCGUACGACCUUCGCAGUGAUAUCAAGUACAAAUCUAAUGCAGAAAAAAUGAAGAACAAAUACACUGUGGUCAUGGACACUCCUGUCUAUGUCCAGAAUAUCCUCAGUGCCUUGAAUGCCAGUGAAGUAAUCUAUCGUGGUGACUAUUUAAAUAAAGUUAGAGGCAAAGCAAUUCCUACCGACAAAACAGUGGAUUUGGAGCGGGCACGUCAUGCAAACAAGAUACAGAGUGAAAAUUUGUAUCGCUGGGCUGGUUUGAAAGCUCUGCCUACUGGAUACAGUCUUCCCAAAGAUACCCCUGGCUUCCAGCAUGCUAAACACGUCCAGCACAUUGGCAGUGAUUUGAAAUAUAAAGAAGCCUAUGAACAUAUGAAAGCUAAAGGCUACACUCUGGGACCUCAUGAUGUUGGGUUUGAAAAUGCGAAGAAAGUGAAUCAAGUCAUUAAUGAGAGGUUGUAUCGGGCAACAUACCACAAGAACAAGGAUAAGAUUCAUACUACUCCAGACACACCAGAAAUCCGUCAAGUCAAAGCAACACAGGAAGCUGUCAGUGAUUUGAUCUACAAGUCAGAUUUCUUUAAGAUGCAAGGACACUUGAUUUCCAUGCCAUUUACUCCUCAGGUGUUGCACUGCCGCUAUGUUGGUGACAUCACAAGUGAUAAUAAAUACAAAGAGGAUCUGAAGUGGUUGCAGGGCUUGGGCUGCUUCCUUUAUGAUACUCCUGAUAUGGUCCGUGCUCGUCAGCUGCGUAAGCUUUGGUCUAAUUACAUAUAUACUGGUACUGCAAAGAAGAUGCGGGAUAAAUACAGUGUGGUAUUGGAUACUCCUGAAUACAGGACUAUUCAGGAAUUAAAAUCCCAUUUGAGUGAGCUGGUUUACAGAUCUGCGGGCAAGGAGCUGAAAACAAAAUACACUUCCGUGCUCAACACACCUGACUUCUUAAGAGCCAAGGAAGGACAAAAAAUACAGAGCCAGUAUUUGUACGUGGCACUUGCCACGAAAGAGAGACCUCAUCACCAUGCUGGUAGUCAGACUCCAGCCUUCACACAUGCCAGGCAUGUGAAAGAUAUGGUCAGUGAGACGAAAUAUAAGAUGCAGUAUGAGAAGAUGAAGGACAAAUACACACCAGUCCAUGACACUCCAGUUUUGAUCAGAGCCAAGAGAGCAUACCUGAAUGCCAGUGAUUUGCGCUACAAAGAAACCUUUGAGAACACAAAGGGGAAAUACCACACAGUGAAAGAUGCUUUGGAUAUUGUCUAUCAUCGAAAAGUCACUGAUGAUAUUAGCAGUGUGAAAUACAAAGAAAAUUAUAUGAGCCAGCUGGGAGUCUGGAGAUCAAUCCCAGACCGACCAGAACAUUUCCAUCAUCGUCUCGUCACUGAUGCUAUUAGUGAUGUUAAAUACAAGGAAGACUUAUCGUGGCUCAGAGGCAUUGGCUGUUACGCAUGGGAUACACCAGAUUUUACUUUGGCAGGAAAGAAUAAAGUGCUCUACAGUGAGAAUAAAUAUAAGGAGGCGUUUGAAAAGACGAAGUCUCAUUUCAAGUACGUAGCUGACUCUCCAAUUAACAGGCAUUUUAAACAUGCAACUCAGUUGCUGGAUGCGAAAUUAUAUAAAGCUGCCUAUGAGAAGCUCAAAGAUAGGUACAGCGUUAUUGUGGAUGAUCCUAAGAACCUCCUGGCCAAGUGGGGGACUACACUGAGCAGUCAGGUUGAGUACAAAAAGGACUAUGAAAAGAAGAAAGAUAAGUAUACCACAGUUGUGGAUACUCCAGAAAACUUAAGGACUGCAAAAGUCAACAAGCAGAUUAGCGAUAUUAUUUACAAGUUGGAAUACAACAAAUCGAAGCCUAAAGGCUACACCACAAUUCAUGAUACCCCCAUGCUGCUGCACGUGCGCAAAGUCAAGGACAGAAUAAGUGAUCUGAAAUACAAAGAAGUGUAUGAAAGGAACAAGUCCCACUGCAAUGUUGUAGCAGAUUCAGUUCAUAUUAAGACUCCAAGGAACACUUACAAGCUGAACAGCAAUCUGGAUUAUAAGAAGAAAUAUGAAGCAGCCAAGGCUCAUUGGCACUGGAUUGCUGAUAGGCCUGACUUUGUUCAAGCAGCCAAGUCAUCUCUGCAGCAGAGUGAUUAUGAGUACAAACUGGACCGAGAGUUCCUGAAGGGAUGCAAACUCUCCGUAACAGAUGAUAAGAACACAGUGCUGGCUUUAAACAAUGCCAUCCUGGCGAGCGACAUAAAAUACAAAGAGAAGCACAACAAAGCUCGAGGAACAUGCCUGGUUGUUCCAGAUACACCUCAGAUCCUCCUGGCUAAGAAUGUCAGCAAUCUGGUAUCAGAGAACAAAUACAAAGAACACAGCAAGAAACAGUUACCACGUGGGUCUUACACAACCCUACCUGAGACAAGAGACACUGCUCAUGUGAAAGAGGUGACCAAGAACGUCAGUGAUACAAACUAUAAAAAGAAGUUUGUGAAGGAGAAAGGCAAGUCUAAUUAUUCUAUUAUGCUGGAGCCUCCUGAAGUGAAACAUGCCAUGGAAGUUGCUAAAAAACAGAGUACAGUUGAAUACAAGAAAGAUGCCAAGUCAAAGCUCCACUACACUCCUAUAGCAGAUCGACCAGAUAUUAAGAAAGCAACUCAGGCUGCUAAGUUAAUUAGCGAUAUUGAAUAUAAAAAGCGUGGAGAAGCUGGCCUUGGUGUAACCAUGCUGGGACGUCCAGAUAUUGAGCUGGCAAAGGAAGUGUCCAAACUAACCAGUCAGGCGGAAUACCUGAAGCGACAUAUGAGAGGGCACGGAGCUGCAUCUUAUGAUACACCAUGGAUGAGAACGUUUAAGAAAGCUAAUAUGCUAAGUAGUCAUGUGAAAUACAAGGAGAACUUUUCCAAAGAGAAGGGUAAGAAGCCAAAGUAUGAUUUAAAGGAGGCCAAAAUCUACAAGACCAUGAAAGAUGCUCACAACAUGGCUAGUGAGGUGAAAUACAAAGCGGAUCUAAAGAAACUUCAUAAGCCUGUCACAGACAUGUCUGAGUCACUGAUCAUGAACCACGUCCUGAAUACAAGCCAACUCGCCAGUGCUUACCAGUACAAGAAGCAAUAUGAGAAGAGUAAGGGUCACUACCAUAUGGUGCCAGAUAAUCUUGAGCAGGUUCAUCUAAGGGAGGCCUCAGAACUACAGAGCCACGUGAAAUACAAAGAAAAGUAUGAGAAGGAAAAAGGUAAACCUAUGCUGGACUUUGAAACUCCAACAUACCUAACUGCAAAGGAAUCUCAGCUCAUGCAGAGUGAGAAACAAUAUAAGAGGGACUUUGAAGAGUCCAUUAAGGGCAGAAACCUUACUGGCUUGGAGAUAACACCAUCCUUAUUACAUGUCAAAUAUGCAACCAAAAUAGCAAGCGAGAAAGAAUACAGGAAGGAUCUGGAGGAGGGUGUCAAAGGCAAAGGACUGUCAGUUUUGGAGGAGACUCCAGACAUGUUAAGAGCAAAGAAUGCAACUCAGAUCCUGAAUGAGAAAGAGUACAAAAAAGCCUUGGAAUUAGAAAUCAAAGGAAAAGGUCUAUCGGAACUGGCUUUGGAAACACCUGAUUUUGUGAGAGCAAAGAAUGCCACUGACAUUGCUAGCCAGAUCAAAUACAAACAGUUGGCAGAAAUGGAGAAGGCCAACUACACCAGUGUUGUCGAUACUCCAGAGAUCAUUCAUGCCCAGCAGGUCAAAAACCUUUCAAGCCAGAAAAAGUACAAGGAAGAGGCAGAAAGGACCAUGCCAUACUAUGUGCCUGUAACAGACACACCAGAAAUGCAGAGAGUCCGUGAGAAUCAAAAGAACUUCAGCACGCUUCAGUAUCAGUGGGACCUACAGAACAGUAAAGGAAAAGUUACAGUUGUACAAGAUACACCAGAAAUGCUGCGUGUGAAAGAAAACCAGAAGAAUUUCAGCUCGAUUUUGUAUAAAGAAGAUAUUGGAACUGGAACUACUAUUGAAAAGACGCCAGAGAUGCAGAGAGUUAAAAGAACCCAGGAUGCAAUUAGCUCGAUUAAGUACAAGGAGAGCAUCGGAAAAGGAACUCCAAUUCCUGAUCUCCCAGAAGUGAAACGUGUCAAGGAGACGCAGAAGCACAUCAGCUCGGUCUUGUACAAAGAGGACCUGGGGACAGGUAUCCCAACACCUGUUACUCCAGAAAUAGAGAGAGUCAAACGCAAUCAAGAACACAUUAGCUCGGUGUCAUACAAAGAGGGCUUAGGGACAGGCAUCCCAACCCCGGUCACUCCAGAGAUGGAGAGAGUGAAACGCAACCAAGAGAACAUUAGCUCGGUGUUGUACAAGGAGGAGCUGGGGACAGGGACCCCAAUACCAGUCACUCCUGAGGUCGAGAGAGUCAAACGCAAUCAAGAACACAUCAGCUCGGUGUUGUACAAAGAGAGCGUGGGGACGGGGACCCCCACUCCCGUCACUCCAGAGAUGGAGAGGGUCAAACGCAACCAAGAGAUCUGUAGCUCGGUGUUAUAUAAGGAGAACAUAGGGAAAGCCACCCCAACCCCUGUGACUCCUGAGAUGGAGAGAGUCAAACGCAAUCAAGAGAUCAUUAGCUCGGUUUUGUACAAAGAAAAUGUGGGUAAGGUGACCCCAACACCAAUCACUCCAGAGAUGGAGAGAGUCAAACGCAAUCAAGAAAUCAUUAGCUCGGUGUGGUACAAAGAGAACUUGGGGCGAGCAACCCCCACCCCUAUCACUCCCGAGAUGGAGAGAGUGAAACGCAAUCAAGAACAGAUUAGCUCGGUUGUGUACAAGGAAGGCUUAGGGAAGGCAACCCCCACACCGGUCACUCCCGAGAUGGAGCGAGUCAAACGCAACCAGGAACAGAUUAGCUCGGUGUUGUACAAGGAACACCUUGCGAAAGGAACCCCAACACCCAUGACCCCAGAGAUGGAGAGAGCAAAGCGCAACCAAGAGAACAUCAGCUCAGUCCUUUACUCAGACAGCUUCCGUAAACAGGUUCAAGGCAAAGCUGCUUAUGUUCUGGACACACCUGAAAUGCGGCGUGUGCGGGAGACACAGAAACACAUCUCAACAGUGAAAUACCAUGAAGAUUUUGAGAAAAACAAAGGUACUUUCACCCCUGUAGUCACUGACCCCAUAACAGAACGUGUGAAGAAGAACAUGCAGGACUUCAGUGACAUCAGCUAUAGGGGCAUUCAGAGACGAGUGGUAGAAAUGGAGCAGAAGCGCGUGGACCAGGACCAGGAGAAUCUGACAGGUCUUCGUGUAUGGCGCACAAAUCCUGGCUCCGUCUUUGACUACGACCCUGCAGAGGACAACAUUCAGUCCCGGAGCUUACACAUGAUCUCAGUCCAGGCGCAGCGCCGCAGCCGGGAGCACUCCCGCUCUGCCAGCGCCCUGAGCAUCAGCGGGGGGGAUGAGAAGUCAGAGCCCUCGGAGGGGGUGAAUCAGCACCUGUCCUACUACAGCAAUGGAGGCUUCUUUACCACCACCACCACAGUGGGUUAUAAACAUGCUAAGACCAUAGAGCUGCCGCAGCAAAGGUCAGCAUCUGUUGCCACUCAGCAAACCACUGUGUCAUCUGUUCCUUCCCACCCAUCCACUGCUGGGAAGACAUACCGGGCUAUGUAUGACUACACAGCAGCCGAUGCUGAUGAGGUUUCCUUCAAAGAUGGUGACUAUAUCAUCAAUGUGCAACCAAUUGAUGAUGGCUGGAUGUAUGGUACUGUGCAGAGAACGGGCAAGACAGGCAUGCUGCCAGCCAACUACGUGGAGGCCGUGUGAGCCAGGAACAGAGUGGUGCCUUCCCCAGGCACAGCCACCUCCCACCAUCAGCAGAACUUCCUAACGCCAAAGCACCACAUCAUCUUCCACAGCAAUUGGUAGUGCCCUACAAACCCAACACCUUUCUGAAAUGGCCUGUCUUCAUUUAUAGUAUUUACGUAUCCAAUACCGUCAAAACGUUUUAAACGAUGCCAAAGCUUUCGAUCCUGUACUGGAGAGUCUUGACUACCAACCCUGACUUCAUUCAUUCUCCCAUAAGGAGAAUCUCUGUGGGCUGUUCUGAACCAUUUCAACAAACCUAUUAUUUGUUUUCCAUGUGAGCUUAGGAUCUCAACCCAAAGUUUAUCUGGAGGGGAGGUGGUAAAAAAGAAGGGGAAAUCUCACAAAGCAAAAGCCUCUUCUGUCUGCUUGCUGAGCUCUUUAUGCAGGUGUUUUUUGUGCAACUGCUCUGGGGUCAAAAGUUGUUACCUGUAAAUUAGUGACUAAAUAAAGCUCCUGUUUCCGCA